AUGAACCAACACAAGUUCAAACCUGCGUCCGGGCUCGUGUCCGCCGUCCAGGUCUCUGAGAACGUCGCGGCCUCGGAAGAGAAGCUCAGAGAGGGCGUGGAGAUUGCGCGGCGGCUCGAAGAAGGCUUCGGGCAGGGCAAAGACCUCGCCGCGCGGGUUGGCUACCCAGAUAUCGACAGAUUGCGAAAAGCCAUUACCCGCCUGGAGAGCAUCACGCAGAUGAGGGACGAGCUCGAGGGCAGGUGCGACGAGGUCAAGCAGGACCUCGAUGGCAACCUCAGGGCCAUGCAGGCGCUCGUGUUGGCGUCGCCCGCAGCAGCCCACUCGGCCGUCGCGGACCACAGGGCCACCAUCAGCGCGAUCGUGCUGAGGCUGCUCCCUCUUGUCGUCACAGACCUGCCUGCCGUGCUUGACGGGUUCCCGAGCCUGAAGGACGCCUUCGCGAGCGACCUCGUCGAGUUCCGCCAGACGCAGAUCUCCAGCGGUGACGUUGACAGUGAGCAGCUGGAAGAACUCCGCCAGCAGGUGGCACUGCUCGAGGAGAAAUGUGAAACGGAGACCUCAAAAUGCAACAAGUUUGUCCGAGCCGCGACAGAGGCGAAGACCAGCUCUGAGAAGAACAGGCAAGAUGCCGACAAACAGAGGCAGCUCUACCGCGAGACGCUACAGAGGCUGGCGGGCGCAGAGAAGUCUCUCGAGGAGCACCAAGACGAGCUAUCCUCACUCCAUGACCAUGUCAACAACCUCGUGCAGACACUGCAGUCUGAGAGCAACCGCGCCGCCAGGUACAGACGGGAGAGAGAAUCCGCCCUGGUCGACCUCAAAGCAAGUGAACAGACCGUGACCAAACACGCCGCCAAUGUAAAGAGACUGCAUGGUCAAUUAAACAAUAUGAUCCAUGCCAACUCAACGCCGCAGGAUAGCAGGCUGGGCACCGUGAGCGUCUUGGACAAGGACCUGGACAAUGCGGAGAAGUCGCGCCGCGAGGACGAGCAGAGGCACCUUCAAGAACAGGCCAACCUGGCGCGCAAACACAAAGUCGACUGCGACUUGAUGCAGCAGCAGAUUGAUAAACUGAUGUCUGAGAACAGCAAGAUGCGCAGCGACAUCUCCAGCAAGGACUCGGAGCUUAGCAAGGCUUAUAGUGAUUGCCAAAAGCACGAGGGGAGAAACGAGCGGCUCCGGCUCCGUGUGGAGGAUUACAAAAAGUACUUCGAGCAGGCCAAGGCACAGAGGGCCGAAGCCAAGGACCAGUGGGCAGAGGAUCUCGUCGAGAAAGAUGCGGUCAUCAGUGAGAAAAACGAAGUAAUCAAGCAGAAGACCAAGAUGCUUGCUGAAAAGGAGACCUCCCUGAACAGGAGCCGCCAAAACGAGGCCAGGUUGAGAGAGGAGCGCAACCAGCUGCGCAACUCCCACAAGGAGAUGGCUGCCUCCUCGGACGACCUCAAGGAGGCCGACGCAAGGAUUUCGCAGCUCGAGGAGGAAGUUCAGGGCUGGGAGGCAAGGCUCGAGGCCUCAGAGAAGAACCUCGACCUGGCCAUGGCCGGGAAAGAGGCAGCAGACUCAGCCCUCGCAGAAAAGGACGUCGAGCUAAAGCAGAUGAGAUGCAAGCUUGGCGAUGUGUCCAACACGGUGACGCGACUCGAUACGCAGAUCUCUCAGCUCAGAGAACAAGUCGAGAACGGCCGGCUGGAGCAGGAAGGCCUGCGUGAUGAUGUCGAGAGGCUCGAGGGACUCAUCGAGACCAAAGAUCAUACCAUCAAUGCCCAGAAAGAAACGAUUGACGAGAAGACUUCCCAGUUAAUCGACAGCGAGGCCAGGAUGAUUGUCAACGACCUGGGCCAAAAGGCGGAGCUCGACGAAACCAAGACCCGGCUCGCCACUGCCAAGGAGCAGCUGGCGCAGAGGACAGAGGAGCUCGACCGUGCCAGAGAAACCCGCAAGACGGCGGUCGCAGACCUGGCCAAAGAGCAAGAGUCCAGCGAGGAGCGGGCGAUCACAAUCAAGUCCCUGGAGAACACCCUGCAGGGCCUGCAGGCCUCCAGCUCUGCGAGCGCACGGGAGAACACCGAGAACAGCCGCCGUGUCUCCGUGUUCCUCGCCGACAUGGCCGGGUACAGGUACGGAGAGGUCGCGUUUGGCAGCCUCGUCAGGGCCAUCUACGAGGGGGUCAGCACCGGCUGUGCGAACGCCGCACCCGCCGCAUGGACGAUCCUCCGGUCGUGGAACGGUCUUCCUGCCGACCUGGCGGCGACUGCGUUCGGGGCAUACGCCCUACCAUCACACAUCGCCAGCCUGCAGAUGGGCGUCGUCCUGCUCCUGGGAGAGGCGACUAUGGGUAGGCUCAACAGCCCGCGCUUCCAGGCGAUCCUGGACGGCCUGAUCGUCAGCAUCCGCGGCACGAAGACGGUGCCGGUGCAGAUCCUGACUGAGCUCGUUGGCAGUGUUUCGGGGGCGCUCCAGGAGCAAUCAGGCCAGCUCCAGAUCGAGUUUGCGCUAGCGUUCUGGCAGAUGAUGGACCUUGUCGAGUGUCGCCUCGGCCAGCCGCUCGCCGCUGGCCUCCCCUGGCACGGCCACAAGGCUUCGCUGUCGCUCAAGCUCGAGCAGCACCCCUGCGCGCUCGUCUUCGAUAUCAUACGGGGCAGAGUUGACCCCCGCCAGCACGAGCUGUGCCGGCUGUUUGGCGAGAGCGUGGGGCUCUGCUCGCACAGGGACUGGCCAAGUGCCGUGUUGUUCGAUACCAGCGUCAGCACCCUGCGGUUUGUCGACAAGGCCCUGGUCUCGAUGAACAGUCUAAGAACGCUGCGGAUUGGACCUGAGCCGGGACAUGAGGCUGUCGACUUGCGCCUGCAGCCGCCAGACCUUAUCUGGCAGUUGAAGAACAUUUAG